CUCCUCCAGGCCGCGGCCUCCCAGUGCUUGUCAUCCAGCACACACAGCAGCAGGAAGUCACCAGCGGGCCGCUGUACACAAUGGCCACCUUCUUCGGAGAAGUUUUGUCUGUUUUCUCAAGAGCAGUUGAGGAUGAGGAAGAUGAAGACGAAGUAGAAGAGGAGGAAGAAGACCGAGAGAUCCGGAGAGAGCUGGAGAAGAGAAGGGAGGUCAAUGUUUCAUGGAACGCAGAGAUCAGCAGAGCAAUAGAAAUCUCUUCGGACUAUAAGUUGCCUUGCUCCUGUUUUAUACUUGCUGUUGGAGACAAUGCUACAGGAUUUGUGUCUUCGUAUAUUUUGAGCUCUGGAAGUUGGGAAGUGUUUGGUUAUGUCACACUGUGGAAUGAGCGCUGUCGGGAGUUCGUCCGCAGCAUUAACAAAUCUUGUGCUGAGUCUUCAUGCACCUUCUACCGAUCCACCACUGACCCCACGAUGAUGCUUUGCAAGUGCAUCUGCUUUGUGGCAGAAGACCAACAGUUUCAGUGGUGUGAAAAGGUUUUUAGCAGCUUGCAGAAGAAUAAUAUGAAAGUAACUGUCCUCACCAGCUGCCCUGUCUCUAACUAUAAAAUGUCCACCUAUAAUAUUCCGGAGCCCUUUCUGAAAAUGUUGAAGACCAAAGAAUACCAGGAGGAAACACCCUGCUCUUUGAUGGAACAACCCAAUAUAGUGGACGGUCUGCCGGCUGCAGUGCUGACGUAUUGUCAAGUCUGGCAGAUUCCUGCAGUGUUAUACCAGUGUUACACGGAUAUUACCGAAUUAAAUUCCAUCACAAUGGAAGCCUUCGCCCCUAUCCUGUCUUGCCAUAGAAUGACACACUUAGCUGCGGACAAGAAGAAUAUCAAAGAAGCUCUUGAAAGGACAGUAAAAAACAGGGAAAUUGAAAGCAAUCUCUACAUAUAAUCAAGAUAAUAUAUUAGCUAAAGAUAUAACUCCUUUUGUACCAAUAUGAUUUAUUCACACUGUAAUGUAAAUAUGAUUAAAAAAAUAGUGUUUGUAA